CUCUUUCAUUCGUGACAAACACGAUAUUUUAUCUUCAAAUAUUUGAUUUCUUGUACAUAUACUUCAAGGUAACUGAAUAUAUCCACAAGCUGCUUAGAUCCAUCUGUUUUGAAAAUGAGUCAGGCCGAGAUAACAGAGGCAUUUAAACUGUUUGAUAGUGAUGGCGAUGGGUAUAUACCACCUAAUGAAAUAGGAACUGCUGUCAGAGCAUUAGGUCAUAUAAUAACAGAUACAGAUUUAUAUAACAUGAUGAAGAAACUUGGUGUUGGUGGUCGUGGAGUUGAUUUCAAUACUUAUCGUAAAAUGGUAGAUUCUCUCAAGGGAGCUAACUAUGCCAGACAAUUAAAAGAAGCGUUUGCUACAAUUGAUAGAGAGUCUAGUGGUUAUGUUGUAGCGACAGAAUUAAGAACAAUGCUAACCAGGCUUGGAGACAAAUUAACAGACGAUGAAUUUGAAGUAUUAUUACAAGAGCUAGAUGUGGACAGAAAUGGUAGAAUCAGAACAGACGAUUUCAUACAUCUUAUUUGUUCUUCUGGUAGAUAAAAUCCGCUCGUCAUUUCUAGUAUUUUAUUAUAACCGCUAGAUUGUUGUCAUAUUUAUAUAAGUUAAUACCUAAUGUAUCUGUAUGUUAUGAAUUAAAUGAUAAAUCCACAUAACUCGGUAAUUGAAUUAAAAAGUACAGAGAAGUG